AUGACGGACCAUCGGCCAUUGGUCCCGAUCCUGAAUGCCUACACUUUUGACGCGAUCGAGAAUCCCCGUCUCCAACGUCUGAAGGAGAAAAUCUUGCCCUACCUCUUCACAGCCGUGUGGCGUGCUGGGAAGUUGCUAUGCAUCCCAGAUGCUCUGUCGAGAGCCCAAGUCAGCCACCCCACUCCUGAGGACGAGAUGGCGUGCACUGCUGCCACUGCCCACCUGCGGUGUGUCGUAGCUGCCAAUGCUGAAGGCUCCGACCAAAACACACCACACCAUGACGCCGAUCGGACGCUCCAGGAAUUCAGAGCAGCAGCAAGGGCAGACCUGUCAUAUGCCCACCACACCGCCUGCGUGACAUCUGGCUUCCCGUCCAACCGGAUCGUGGUUCCUGUAGCUCUCUGCCGCCGUACCCUUGCUCGUCUCCAUGACAGCCACCGCAGUGUGGAAGCCACUCGCCGUCGGGCGAGGCAGACUGUUUUUUGGCCUGGCAUUGACUCCGACAUCGCCAAUACUGUUCGUGCCUGUGAACCAUGUCAGGUUCUCCAGCAGAGCCAACAACAGGAACCCCUGAUGUGCGACGACAACCCAUCCAGGCCCUUUGAGUCUGUCUCCGCAGACUUCUUCACAGUCGCUGGCAAGUCCUUUCUUGUCAUUGCGGACAGACUCUCGAGAUGGCCUGUGGUCGUCCCAUGUGGUGCGGACACCACAGCCACAUGCACCAUCCAGAUGUUCUGCCGCUAUUUCCGGGAAGUGGGUGUCCCCCUCCGUCUCCGCACUGAUGGCGGGCCCCAGUUUGCGAGUGCAGACUUCCAGAACUUCAUGGAGUGCUGGGGUGUUCACCACAUAGUGACUUCGCCGCACUAUCCCCAGUCUAAUGGCCAUGCUGAGGCGGCUGUCAAGUCGGUGAAGCAUCUCAUCUUGAAGACAGCCCCCUCUGGCAACAUUGACACGGAGAAGUUUGCCAGAGGUCUCCUGGAGCUGCGUAACUCUCCCAACUAUACAGGACAAUCCCCUUCGCAACACCUCUAUGGCCACCCUCUUCGGUCCUGCAUCCCUGCCCACUCAGAGUCCUUCUCCGCAGACUGGCAGACCAAGACAGAGGAAUGCGACUGCCGCGCUGCCGCCCGAGCUGAACAGGUGCAGGCUCACUAUGACCAGCACGCCAGGCCCCUCCCCAAGCUGUGCAUUGGAACCACAGUCCGCAUCCAGGACCCUGUGUCUCUCCGCUGGGAUAAGGUCGGUGUGGUCAUGGGCUGCAGCGGGAACAGGGAAUAUGAUGUUCGUCUCCCCAGCGGACGUGUCUGGCGACGCAACCGCCGUCUCCAGUGCCCAGUGCCGCCCAAUGGUGAUGAUCCUCCCCACCACAUCCCUGUGGUCCCUUGGUCAGACGAGAAAAGUCCGUCUGCUUUACUUGCUCCCCCAGUUGCCCCACGUCGUUCCCAGCGGCUCAUGGAAAAGAGUUCCGCUCGAGACAGUGCUACGAGCUUAGUACGUGUUUCUAUGAAGAACCUUCACCUUCGUGGCUGUACUGUCCCGACAGCUACCCAACACCACACCCUCGUGGCGGGUUCCUCCUUCCCAGCUGUGUCUAGCAGACCACUCCUGGUGGAUGGAUCCAGGUCAUCUCAGGGAGCUCCCUUUGAGCAGAAGUUUCACAUCAACCACCUAGAGAUGAUGGCUGUUUUCUGGACUCAGCAGUCCUUUCUGCAGGAAUAA